ACUUCUUCGAGUUCUCGCAUCUGUCAGUUGUAUGACGUAGCCAACAGUUGCUCUCAUGGGUCGCCGCCAUCGUCGUUCGAAGGUCACUCGCGUGGUGAACCUCGUCAAGAAGAUCAUCGCUUUCUUCUUCUCGCACAUCGGUCUGUGUGCACUGGUGGUCGUUAUGCGUUGCUGGGAGCGGUGAUAUUCCAGGCUGUCGAAGGUCCACAUGAAGAGCAGAUUCAAUCAUCUGUGACGGCAGCUACGUUAGCAGAGCGGCUUGACGUGCGUUGUGGAUAUGCCACAUUCAGAGCGUGA